UGUGUGUGUGUGUGUGUGUGUGUGACGUCACAUCGACAGUAAUGGGUUCGCCGCGCGCGUUGCUUGCUGUGGCACUAUUGAUCAAAGACCCUAUGAGACGCAGGCGAACCAGCAGCGCGGCACAUGGCCUGAUGACAUCAUGCUCCAGUAUCACUCCCCUUCCUCCCUAGCCCUUUCUUUUCUCUUUUCCCUCUUUCUCAGUUUCUUCCCUCACUCAUUUCUCUCCCCCUCCCUUUCUCAAUCCCCCCUUCGCUGGAGCUCACCUCAUGACCCCUGCUACCACCUGGAUGGGCGUGCACGCCACUGCCUGUCCGAUUUUAUUAACGCUGCCUACGGUGUGCCUGUACGGGCUGAAGACCUGCAUCAAGGGACAGAGAGAAACAUCAGCACCCUGACUGACCUCCAUAAUCCCCAUAAUCUGACCUGCUGGAAAGCCUCAGAAGGUUCAGUCACUGGGGAUUGGACCUUUACUGUUCCCCUAGGCAGACGCUUUGAGGUCACAUACAUCAGCUUACAAUUCUGCCAGCAGGUGGAGCCCACUGAUCCCUUCUCCAUUUCUAUCCUAAAGUCAAUGGACUACGGACGCAGCUGGCGUCCCCUGCAGUUCUACUCCAGCGACUGCAUGGGGAGAUUCGGUCUACCUGCUCAGUCUGUCGCCCUUAGUAGACAUCAGGAGACUGAGUCUCUGUGCUCAGAUCCAAGGCCUUUGCAGAAACACCGUGGUGGAGUUGUUUUGGCUUUUUCCACUCUGGAUGGACGUCCUUCCUCCUCUGAUUUCGAAUACAGUCCUGGUCUCCAGGACUGGGUGACUGCCACUGAUAUCAGGAUAGUGUUUCAUCAAUCAAAGGGUAAAUCAGUCAAGCAAGACAAGAAGCCAGAUGAAGUGGGUGGGCUUCUGAAAUGGCCAGUGAGGUCAUUUGAUGAAAUGACUCAAAGUGAAAAGCAAAGAUCAGAGAAUGCAUGGAUUAAAAGUACUGAAAUGAGGAGACACAGGAAAGAGGAAAAACUAGCAAAACCAUCAAGAAGAAACCGCAAUAAGAGUUCCUCACAAGAAACUGGCCACAAUGUAACCCGCAAACAGACGGAGACUCAAGAAGGCAGAGGCAAAGGACGGGGCCAUAAGAAAGACACACCUCAGUGGAAGCCAUGCCAGGAUGGUGUGUGUGAUUGGAUGAUAGAAAGUCAGGGACAAAACUCUAAGAGAAAUGAGUUGAGGAAGCGGAGAAACAAUGCAAGACGUGAAAGGUCUCGUUCCAGAUUAAGAAAUAAGGUUGUCCAUCACCUCUCACCAUCUUCUCUCUCGACCCCACCCGCACUUCCUCUUGCUCUCUCUGAUGUCCAGGUGGGUGGCAGGUGCAAAUGUAAUGGCCAUGCGUCUCGAUGUCGCCGUGAUGAUAACGGUCAUGCAUUAUGUCAAUGUGAACAUCACACAGCUGGACCAGACUGCGAUGUCUGUGAGCCGUUUUUUUAUGAUCGCCCUUGGCAACGAGCCACACCCACCCAGCCACACCCGUGCGUCCCAUGUCAGUGUAAUGGCCACUCCAAUAAGUGCAGGUUCAGUAUGACAGUUUUCCAGCAAUCUGGCCGGGUCAGUGGAGGAGUGUGUUUGAAGUGCAGACACCACACAACUGGACGCCACUGUCAGUUGUGUCAGAAUGGAUACACCCGUGACCACAGCAAGCCCCUCAACCAUCGCAAGGCCUGCCAACCAUGUCAGUGCCAUCCUCUUGGUGCAGUGGGCCACUGGUGUAAUCAGUCCACAGGCCAGUGUCUCUGCAGGGAGGGAGUUACAGGACAAAGAUGUAACCGCUGUGCUCCAGGAUUCAAACACGGCCACUCACCUCUCCGGCCCUGCAUUCGCAUCCCAGAAGCUGCUCCACCAACCCCAGUUUACCAGUCCCAAUAUAGCAUAGCUGAAGAGUGCCUCUCUUAUUGCCAGCCUUCUCAAGCCAAAGUCAAAAUGAAUUUAGAGACAUUCUGCCUCAAAGACUACGUGCUAAAGGUUCAGGUUAGGGCUAAGGAGCGCUCUGGUCCCUGGUGGCAGUUCUCCGUGUGGGUGCAGUCUGUUUACCGUGUUGGAUUGUCUCAAAUUAAAAGAGGUCUCCAGACCCUCUGGGUUCCUGAUCGUGAUGUCAGCUGCAGUUGCCCCACCCUCCAAGUGGGCAGGACCUUCCUCUUGAUAGGUGCAGAGGAAAGCAGGAGGGGCUGGGCCCCAGGAGAGAGGCGACUGGUUGCUGAUCGCUCCACCAUGGCCCUACAGUGGCGAGAACACUGGAAUCCCAAACUAAGGGGAUUUCGUGGCCAGGACAAUAGAGGCAAAUGCCUUCCACACACAAACUCCACAACCCGGACACACUCCUUCCUACACACACACGAGGAAUAUAUCCCACCACAUCUUGAGAAAAUCCAGCCCGAGAGGCUGCAUAUUCACCAUCGACUGUCUGCAAAGUCUGAAGAAACUGCCCACACACACUCACACAGCAAUGCUCCGAACACACAUGAAGAUAGCACAGAUACACAGGACAUACAAAGACAGCUUGGUCAUGACAAAGACAAAUUCAAGAAUGAAGAUACCCAGAUUUUUUUGCAGGAAACACAACAUCCUCCAUCUGAUGCUCCAGCACUACCUAGUCCAUCUAAUGAGCCUCAGCAGCUCCACACAACAAGUUUGCCUACAUCAUCACCAGUGCUUUCUGUUACACAUGGACAGAAAGAACAAAGCUCAACAGAAACAGAAAGUGCACGUUAAAUAACUAUGAUUGAGUUAGCUAUACCUUGCUCAAAGAAAUGUCAUGUUGUCACUUUGGCUCUCUACUAGAAAGACCAUUACUACCCCAAUCCUAAAAGCUGGAAGACUCUUUAAUACACAGGUUUAGUUUAGCAUACAUAUAGUGAUAUUUGGUUAAUUCAUAGAGAACUAGGGUUGACAUUUGUCUGUGUUUUAAAGCAUAUGUUAGACUGAAAGAAUUUGGUGUGAUAUUUGAUUUUAUACCAAAGAGCUGUUGAAUUCUUGAACAUGUUUUAUCAGAAGGUGUUGAUUAAUUUUCUAUAACAGCAGCUCUGACAAUAGUGCCAUCUUUCAUUCAAGUCACAGGUUUAUAUUAAUGUACUUAUUCCAAAACAUUAUUGUUUCACAGCACAGGGACUUGUAUGGCAGAUGUUUCACAUAAUCUAGACCUAGUAAAAAUGCAUUUAAAAAAAGUUAUGUUCUUUAACAAAGACAAAUCUAUAAUUAAUGAUAUGGUGCAGCUUUCAGUAAGGAGAGUUAAUUUAACAUUAAUUGAAAUAGUCUCCAGUGUUAGUGCUGUUUUCCACCAUGGGAGAAUCUUCAGUACAGAGAACUCUGUGCUUUCUGGGUUCUUGCUAACAUGAUAAGCUUUGUGUGUGUGUGUGUGUGUGUGUGUGUGUCUUGUCUUUUUGUCUUAUUUUGUCUUAUUCAGGAGAGAGAAAAAAGAGAGGCUGAUGAGAGACUGUUUAUAGCUGCUAUAAAGUAAGUGCUAACAGAAAUUGACUUGUUUUUCAGACGUUCCACAACAUCAAAUGUAACAAUACUGAUAAAAAUAUAUGUUCUUCAAUUAAUUGAAAAUGUAAUUGUUGGGAAAUUGCUCUGAUAUAAAAGGAAUAAAACACUUCAGGGUGUGCUGUUAUAGGAAAAUAAUCAACUUUGGAGUGGUAACUACAUCACACCAUCCUGCAGUGUUUUAUUACAUAUUACCCAGUAUCAAAUUCAAACUUGUAAGAAUGCUUUUUGUGUUUCGCUUUGUUGCCUCAAGAGAUAUCUUGUGUCUUACUGGAGCCCCAAAAUCAGCAGCCACAUCUGGCAGGCCAGUCUUUUUAUUUUUUAUUUUUAAUGAAUAAUAAUGACAGCACAAACUAAAACAUAGCUUUAUGUGUGUUUAUCAGGGUCUGAGUCAAAAAUAGGAAGCUUUGGGGAACUACAAGAAGUAAAGUAGGAAGUGUGGGGAACUAAAGGGACUACUUAGAUGUUAAGAGGAGUCCGAUAGUCAGUGGGAAGGAGAAGUGUUCUUAAAGCCUUGAUUACAAUAUCUGUCGUGUGAAAGAGAUUUGAUUUGCCGAUUUACUAAAAUAUAAACAGCAAAUUUAAAAACAUUUCUGCCUUUUUCAUGUCUUAUUAACUGUGAAAUCUCUCCAGUUAAAUAAUUCAGCUGGUAUGCACUAUAGUGGGUGAAUGUGCCAGAAUGUUUAAAUUCUGAUUAAACAUUAUUUAUUGUAGCUAUCCCCAAAUAAAUGUAUACACUUAAUAUAAGCAGUGUGUAAGCCCUUAAUACACCUGUAUGUUAAUAAAAGCUGUCUGCCUAUGAGUAGCCUACUGUUACUUGUAAUGUUAGCAAGCUAAAGGGACAUAUAAAUUAAUCACAUACACAUUCAUUAGCAGUGACUUACUGUACAUGUUGAUACAUAACACGUCUAUAAAUGUAAUUUAGCAUAAAACCAGAUUGUCAGUUGUUAGCCCGACUCUGAGGUUGUCUUUUGUCCUUAAUGUCCAAGAAGAACUCAAGACUGACACGCCAAAAUGUACGGUGAUAGUCACACACAGGGCCAAACCUGUAUGUGACUUAUUCGACAAGCCAGUUGGAACACUGAGAUGCUUUGCUUGGCUUGCAAAAUCACCAGACCUCAAUCUUGAUUCACAGGAAUUAUCUGAAGUCAAUGGUGGCGUCGUUAUCUGACAAGAUUGGCACUGUUAUUUAGGUGAGCUGAGACAUAAAAAAGCAUUAGGAAAGAAAUUAUGAGAAAGAAAUGCCCAAGGAGGGUUUUUUUUUUUUCCUUCUAACUGAUCUCACAGAAGCUAUUCUUGUCUUGUUAAAAAAUAAUCUUGUAAACUGAAAUUUGUGAGGGAACAUGAUGGAAAAAAUGGACAUAAAUUGUAAAUUAAUCAUGAAAUAUAAAAUCUUGAAAGUUAUUUUUGCAUUUCAGGCUUGUCUUUUUGGUGGGGAGGCAUUAGUGGCAUUUCAAAAUGGUUCACUAUAGAGUUCAUGAAAUCCCCAAAGCCUCUAUGUCAGUUUGAGAAAAAGCUUCCUUGGAAGUAAAACAACAAAAUUCAUAGGUCCUUGGUAAAAAUCACUAAGAUAACAUGCAGUUCUGCAUGACUUGGCAUUUACAACGAACAUAUUCAUCAAGAUAUAUUCAAAGGAACAUUUCACCCAGAACCUUUCUAUUUGGCAUGAUUAUAUCUCUAUCGUGCGAAUUAGCCACUACUCAGUAUGAAACAUUUUUGGAUUACAAGCUGUUAUUAAUCCGUAAGAGUGCACAAUGUGACAGAAUCUUUUUCUUUGAACAUAUGUAAAACACUACGUCACAAUAAAAGAUGCAAA